AUGAUGACCACGAUGCCAGAAGCGGGUGCCCAACCAUUGUUUCUCGGGCCCGAGUCGCCCUUAGCUACCAAAUUCCCGACAUCCGUCUCCAACUACUACCAAUGCACAGAUGACGUAAUCUCUUUCGCCGAGACGGAACAGCUUGAAGAAUUGUGGAGAAUGGCCGAGUCACGGGCCCUGCCUAGCUUAAAUGGAUUCGGCCCCAGCCGUUCCAUCGAUGAGCCGUCCACGGCUAGACACUUGGACGAUUGCUCGAUAUUUGAAAAUAUGCAAUAUCUUGGAUCGUCCAUGAUUAGCGAUCCAUCAGAUGAAGGGGAAAUGAUGAAAAUUGUGCGGUUGCUAGAUGAAAAAGCCGAUCAAGCAAUACGAGUGUCUUUGGCAGUUCCGCGGACAGUCACUGGGACAGUAACACUAAGCGACCCAUCCGGAUCAGCUCUCGCAUCAUUUCCGGUCGCCAGAAUCCGAUUCUGUGUACGCGGCCGCAUCGACACCCCGCAGAAAAACUGCUUUGCACUAUCCUUCACCCACCACAACCCCGGAUCUUCAGACGCCUCCCAUCAAUGUCAUGUUUUCCGUUCAUCCCAACCAGACACGGCUGGCCGAGCCCUCUACUGCUUCUCCCAAGCAUUCACCAAUAAAGAAACGGAUGCUUCAAGUCCAGGAGAUGGCAGCCAACUCGAAUUUAAAUUCGAAGCCUUUCUAGAGAUUAGGGAAGAAGAUACCGUUGGCAAGGAGACGCAAUUUACAUUGUGCUCGCAGCAAAGCAACACCUUUAAACUUAGAAGAGAUCGAAAGAAGAAGCUAGUUGUGCAUUUGAAGCAGGCGAGUGGAAGAUGUCUUACAAUAAAGAAAUGCUUUGGAAUGUUGCUCGCAGCGGGAAGAAAUCUACGACAUUCGGAUAUGCAGCUGUUGGGCAUGGAAAGCAUGGCUCCAUCCCCACAUGACCCGUCUGUUUAUAUGGUAUCCGCUUUAUGGGACCCGAAAGAGAGCAAUUUCGAGGUGCUGAAUACGGAGACGCCAAGAGAUACACGGGUGUUUAUGACAAUUGCUUUGGAUGUGAUUAUGGCGGAAGUCGGGGAGCCGAUACGGUUUUCACUGGAAUGCAAAGCACGCGUACACCACCAAUACGAGCGCUUUUACCGUACGCAACGGGUGCCAGUGGUCGAGACGUUCUACUUGAGCUUGCAGAAGUCGAACGACAGCACAAACGGAACCCUCGUCUUCGUCCAAAUCGAGUCUGAGACCGAACGAACGCGAACGAAGGGCAAACUUGGGCGCUCUCCCUCAAAAAUGCCUGCACAACUUCUGCAGCCAACUGGAGAUGAUGAAUCUGAUAGCGACGAACCAUUGCUAUCCGGCUCCGGGAAUGUGAAUCGAGAGGUGUCCGAUGACGUACUAGCCGAAUGGCAAGAGUGUAUAAAGGAAUGGAAGGCUCACGAAGAAGGGCAUAGACCGGAGAAGCUGACGACGCUUUUGGCCAAUGGAGUCCCGGAUUUGGUACGAGGAGAAGUUUGGCAGCUCUUUGCUAAGGUUCACAUGGACCCAGAGCUAAUAAAAACAUACCACCUUCUGCUAGGAAAGGAAUGCGCCGCCGAACAAAUUAUAAUGCGUGAUAUCCAUAGAACAUUUCCGGCCCACGAGCGCUUCAAGGAAGCCGGUGGUGAAGGCCAAGAAGGACUAUAUAAAAUCAGCAAAGCGUACGCACUAUAUGAUGAAGAAGUGUCCUACUGCCAGGGCCUUUCUUUUCUAGCUGCUAGUUUGUUAUUACACAUGCCCGAGGAGCAAGCUUUCUGCACCUUAGUCAAGAUCAUGUUUGAUUAUCAACUCCGCGAUCUCUUCAAAUUAGGCUUUGAUUCACUUCACUUGAGAUUUUAUCAGCUCAACCGUCUUAUAAAAGAUUACGAACCAGAGCUUGCCGCCCAUCUCGAUGCGAUUGGAGUUGAAACGCAUAUGUAUGCGAGUCAAUGGUUUUUGACACUGUUUACCGCGAAAUUCCCGCUCCAAAUGGUGUUCUUUAUCGUCGAUCUGUUCUUGGCUGAGGGUAUGAAUACCAUUUUUCACAUCUCGCUGGCGCUGUUGAAGGAUGCUAAGCAAGACCUGCUCCAGCUCGACUUCGAAGGAGCUCUAAAAUAUUUCCGAGUUUCCCUACCAAGACGCUACCGAACGGAACAAAAUGCGAAGAAGCUGAUUCAACAGGCCGUCAGUAUGAAGAUCAGCCACAAGCGCCUAUCCAAAUACGAGAGUGAAUACAUGCAGAUCAAGGAGGAUGAGGCGAUACGCGAGGAUCCGGUCAAGCGGCUCCAGCGAGAAAACGCGAAAAAUUGCGAGACGAUUCUUCGAUUAGAUCGGGAAAAUGACGACCUCGCCCACGAAUUGGUCACCAGCAAGAUUGAACUUCGCAAGAAGUUGGAUUUGGCGGAAGACCAGAUCGAAACCGCGAAUAACACGGUGGAGAGACUGACCCGCCAGAAUUCCGACCUUAUUGAAGAGAAUAAGCACCUCCACGCAGAGUAUGAGCAGAUCAAAGAAAUGUGCCGACGCGAAGUCGAAAGGUUGGAAGAUGAGGCUGGCAGAAAUAAAAAGCUGCUAGAUGAAUAUAAAGAGCUCUACGCACAGCUGAAUAAACGGCACGACAAGCAGAAGCAGGCCUUUGACGAGGAAAAGAAAGCAUUUGUGACUCGUGUCCAGCAGUGCGAUCAGUGUUGGCCGAGUGUCGAACAGUGGGAAAAGAAUCGCAGCCCAGUACGAACGCCAAAUGGAGACGCUGCCGGCGCAUUGGAAUUGCUGACAAAAUUGGAAGAACGGGAAGCGCACGUGAGGGCCGUUGAGUUGGAACUGGCGCAGACGAAGUUGGCGUUGGUCGAAGCCCAGUGCAGGAAUCAAGACCUCAGCCAUCAAAUGAGUACCUCUGUGCAUUCCGAUUCGGGAGAUACUGGCCGAAAAUGGUUCAAGAAGACGAUAACCUCCCUGAAAGAAGUGAGCACCCAACUAAAAGGCCAUGAACGAUCAAAUAGCACCGUCUCGAACAGUGACCGCUUU